CUCCUCCGGCUCGUCGCCACCUCCGCUCCGGCAGUUACCGGUUCGCUGCUGUGCCUGCGCGCGUGCCACCCUCGCCGCCGGGUUGCCAUUAUGAGUUGAGUUGGAGCCCGAUCUCCCCGUCCCCGUUGCGUUAGCCCCACCACCUUCUCACUCAUAACUCCCUCCCCUCCCCUCCACUCCCCUCCCCCUCCCUCGCUCCUGGCGCGGCACCCGCAGGCCGCAGCGCAGAUCUCCUUCCCCGAGGAGGAGGAGGAGAUGGUGAGCGCGUCAAGCCUGCUGCUGCCGUCCUCCAUGCGCGACUUCGCCUCCUGCAUCGGCGACGGCGCCGUCCGCGUCGCCUGCGCCAGCCCCUCCUCCACCCUCACCUCCGGCGGCGGCUCCGGCUCCGGCUCCGGCGCCGCCUCCACCCUCGCCGUCACGGCGUCCUACCGCGCCACGCCGCUCAACUCUAACGCCUCCUCUCCGCCGCUGCUGUUUCGCCUGACCUGGGCCCACUCCCCGGUGGGCCCCACACUGUCGUUUGCUCCGUCCGCCGCCGCGCCUUCCGUUCUCCUUCGCAGGCGCAGGGGCACCCGCUCCUUCACUCUGGCGGAUGGCGGCGGCGAUGCGGAUGAUGCGGAGGCGGGCUCGGAGCCCCCCAUGCUCGCCCUCUUCUGGGACCUCACGGCGGCGCGGUACGACCCCGGGGCGUCGCCGGAGCCGCUCUACGGCUACUUCGUCGUCGCCGUGGCCGGCGCAGAGGUCGUGCUCGCGGUGGGCGACCUGGCCGCGGAGUUCGUCAAGACCAAGUUCGAGGGCCAGAUCUCCAAGGCGCGGUGCCUGGCGGUGUCGCGCAGGGAGCGCGUCGUGGUCGCCGACCCGGCGGCAAUGCACACCGCAAGGGUGCGCUUCUCGGAAGGCGGGCCGGAGCACGAGGUGAGCGUCGGGUGCGCCACGAGCUCCGGGGGAGGGGAGGAGCUGUGGGUCAGCGUCGACGGGAAGCGGGCGGUGCAGGCGCAGCGGCUGCGGUGGAACUUCAGGGGCAACCAGACGGUGUUCGUGGACGGCGCGCCGGUGGACGUUAUGUGGGACCUCCACGGGUGGUGGUUCCGGGACACGCCGGGCUGCGCGGUGGUGAUGCUCCGGGCGAGGAGCGCACUGGAGAGCCGGCUGUGGCUGGAGGAGGAGGGGGCAGCGCCGGGGUUCUCGCUCGUCGUGCAGGCCUUCAAGGCCCCGCCAUGAUCUCCAUGACCAUGAGGUUUCCGCUUGCUCCUCACUCUGGCUACCUGCCCAUUUGGGAAAAGGUAGUUGAUUGAAUUUAGCAAAACCAAGACGAAUGCGAUGUUUGGUUGGUGUUAAUUUACAGCUCUAGACAUAUAUAGCUUGUUUUUAGAGGGACAAUAAGCUUGGGAUGAAAGUGAAACAUAAUUCAUGGAUCAUUUUAGGUGGUAAUACUCAGAGAGAGAUUUACUGCGAGUGUGCAGUGCAGGAUCAUCCCCUUUGUUUGUUUUCCCUCUUUAUCCCAACCAUUUUUAGUGGUGUGUGCUCGUACAGUUGACAAAUAAUUAUACAACAUUUCAGAAUCUUGAUUCU